AGAGAAGGCUCUGGGGAGAGCUUGAAGCAGCUUCCAGGACUGAAAGGGGCUCCAAGGAAUGCUGAGGAGGGGCUCUUGGUCAGGGAGUGCAGGAUAGAGUGAGGGGGAACGGAUUUCAGCUGAAAGAGGUGACACCCUGUCUUGGCCGAUGUUGCCCCAGUUGACGUAGGACCCAGGUCGCUUGGGUCGAGGAUGAGCAAGCCGACAGACCUGCAGCACGACCUGGAACGAAGCCUCCCAGCCAUAGCGUCCAUCAGCACCUCAUUCUCCCAGAGCCAGGGCUUCUCCCCGUAUUGCUACUUCUCUCCGGAGAAAAGGAAAGCCAUCUCCGAUGUGAGGCGGACCUUCUGCCUCUUCGUCACCUUUGACCUGCUCUUCGUCUCUUUGUUGUGGAUAAUUGAACUGAAUACGAAGGAUGGCAUCCAGAAGAACUUGGAGAAUGAAAUCAUCAAUUACAGAUUCAAGACCUCUUUCUUUGAUAUAUUUGUCUUGGCUUUCUUUCGGUUUUUUGUGUUGCUGCUGGCCUACGCAGUCGUGAAGCUCCGCCACUGGUGGGUCAUCGCGGUCACGACAUUGAUAUCCAGUGCCUUCCUGAUUGUGAAGGUCAUCCUCUCCGAGCUUCUGGCCAAAGGAGCUUUCGGCUAUUUGCUUCCUAUCGUCUCGUUUGUCAUUGCCUGGUUAGAGACGUGGUUCCUGGAUUUUAAAGUCCUAACUCAGGAAGCAGAAGAAGAACGAUGGUACCUGGCAGCCCAGGCUCCAGCCUCUCGCGGCCCACUGCUCUACCCCAGAGCCCUUUCCGAGGGGCAGUUCUACUCCCCGCCAGAGUCCUUCGCAGGGUCGGACAACGAGUCGGAUGAGGAAGGCGCAGGGAGGAAGGUGUUGACAGCUCAGGAGAAAGAGUACGUCCGACAAGGCAAAGAUGCAAUGGAGGUUGUGGACCAAAUCCUCGCUCAGGAGGAGAACUGGAAGUUCGAGAAAAACAAUGACUUUGGUGACGUUGUUUACACUUUUGAAAUACCUUUCCACGGCAAGACCUUUAUUUUAAAGGCUUUCCUGCAGUGCUCUGCUGAAAUGGUUUACCAGGAGGUUAUUCUCCAGCCUGAGAAGAUGAUCCUGUGGAACAGAACGGUGGCAGCUUGCCAGAUCUUGCAGCGGAUUGAAGACAACACGAUUGUCUCAUACGAUGUGGCAGCCGGGGCUGCGGGCGGUGUCGUUUCCCCAAGGGAUUUUGUGAACGUGCGCCGAAUCGAGAGAAGAAGAGAUAGAUACAUUUCCUCAGGGAUGUCGACCACGCACAGCCUGAAGCCUCCGCUCUCCAAGUAUGUCAGGGGUGAGAACGGGCCUGGAGGAUUCAUCGUACUGAAAUGUCCCAGCAACCCCAGGGUCUGCACGUUCAUCUGGAUUCUCAACACGGACCUGAAGGGCCGCCUGCCGCGUUACCUGAUCCACCAGAGCCUGGCUGCCACCAUGUUCGAGUUCGCCUUCCACCUUCGCCAGCGGGUCAGCGAGCUUUCUGGCAAGCCGUGAGCAGCGGGGACCUGCCCUCGCCGGACAUUCCUCUGCGGCCGGGGACAACCGGGAGCGGCCACUGCGGCCCCAAGGGCCUCGCUGUGGAUCCCCAGGAGUGGAUCCCCCAUCCUAACAGCACUGAGAUGAGGCUGGGAGGGGGCUCAGUCCCUUCUCCCACCAUGGUUCCUCCUCACCGGGGACUCUAAAACCACUGACUGUUGUGUGCCAAACCCCUCCCCUGCCUCCUGUGGGUCUGAGCUCACCCUGCCCCUCACGCAGGGGUUGGGGGCUUCUCUGUGACCCCCCCAGACUCCUGUUCUAGUGCCCCAGGAGAGGGAUGGGCUGGAGGAGGCCACGUUGGGGUGAGGACACAGCUCCGUCCGCUCUUGCUGUCCAGACAGAGUCCCAUGCCAGGCUCUUGUCCCUCUUCACGGCCAUUGUCCCCGCGGGGCUGUGCCCCCCACCCCACUCCCUGCAGGAGGGGACGCGGGGGGCCACGCAGGGGCCAUUUCAAGGCUUUUCUGUGGUGCCCAAACCCGCCCUUUGGGGCUUGGCUGAGCUCGUCCCCCGCCUGCCUGCAGCUCCUGGUGGAGGCAGAGCGUGAUUUGCCUUAAGCAGAGACUUUUUAUCCUUUUUUGGGGGGGUGGGGGAUGGCGGGGGCGACUGCGGCUUCUUUCUACCUGCGAGCGCCGGUGCCGUGUUCUGCGCUAUAAAUGGAAGCAGCGCCAAGCCGCCCGCACGCGGGGGUGCACGCCAGCAGCGCUGUGGGGAGCACCCACACCAGCACCCCCCCCAGGUUCUUUUGCCCUCCUGCACCCUCCCUGGAGCCCGUCCUGGGGGUCCGGACCCCCCUGGUGCCGGCGAGGGGCGAUGCCUCCAGCUGACACCCGUCAGAAUUAAAAGCCUUGCACUGUUUGCACCCCCUU